AUGUGUGUCCUUUUCAUUGGAAAGGGAGGGAGGCCUAAGAUGGAAACGAUUCGGAAAAUGUCACCAUUGCUAGUGUCGAAAAACCGUGUCGAGAUAAUGCUUCGUUUUCUGCUGGAAAAUAACCCGUAUUAUCGAGAUGCUAAUGUUUCUUUCAGUCGCCGUAACCUGGAUAUUCUUUGUUCUGGUCCCGGUUUUUUGCCUGGCCAGGAUAUUGGGGUUCCGUCCACCUUAGAGAUUCAAUACAUGCCGACCGCGAGUUCCGAAGCUGAAACCGUCAAUUCCAGUUAUGAAUCAGAUGAGCGACGUGACUUCCUUAUUCCAGAUAAUGAGACGUAUACUGAGGUGACUGGUUUCUCCAACACCGUAUCGAAGGGUUGCGGACACCAGUCGGCAAAAGUACGCGCGUUGCAGUGGGUUUUGGACCAUAAACCAUUUAUAUCUGUGCAACCGGGAUCCAAGCUGUUUCCAGAUAGAGAUCCACGCAUGUUGACGUUUGUGUUUCCUCAUUCGGAUCCUUGGGGUAUAGGUGGGUUUAACCAUCCAGCGCGCACUGGUGAUUCUAUCAUACCGAUGUAUCAUCAAACACGCAAUUUAAUGAUGAGGUAUGAUAGCCCGUUCGAAAGGGAUCCGAAUUUUGCAUAUGUCUGUUGGAACGCGGUACAGAAGCUUGAAGCAGCACGCAGCCUUCAAUUCCGUACGCAGGCCUCCAAUCUUGCUUAUCUAGCCGACGAGAUUACUCAAAACAAAGAUAUUAUCGAAGACAUGAACGACCGCUGGAUGAAAGAUGAAACACUCACCCCUUCUUCCAGAGGUGAACGUCGUGUUGCAGCGAUACUUGCUAAGCUUCGUCUGGUAGCGAAGGAUCUUAGAGGGUCCAACGGCCGUCGAAUCGCUCUGCGGAACGAGAUUAGAGGACUGUUGAAGUCCAAUGGAUGUCCAGCAUUAUUC